AUGAUCGCUGUUCCCGUUCUUUUAUCCCUCGCAACGGGCGCGUUUGCUGCGUCCGCCUCCGAAUGGCAGUCUCGUUCCAUUUAUCAAGUUCUUACCGACCGAUUCGCAACUUCAGAUGGAUCGGGCCCAUCCUGCAAUACUGGAGACAGGAAGUAUUGUGGUGGAACUUACAAGGGCAUUACAAGCCAUUUGGACUAUAUUCAGAACAUGGGUUUCGAUGCCAUUUGGAUUUCGCCAAUUACUAAGAACAUAGGGAACACUGGGUACGGCGACGCCUACCACGGGUACUGGCCCAGUGAUUUGUCUGGCCUGAACGACGGUUUUGGUUCUGCCGAUGACCUGAAGGAACUUUCAGCAGCCCUCCAUAAACGGGGGAUGUAUCUGAUGGUGGACGUCGUUGUAAACCAUUUUGCUGCAACCAGCACUCCUCCGAGUCUCACAUACAACGGAUUUUCACCAUUUAACGCCGAAACCGAUUUCCACCCCUUCUGCUUCAUUACAGAUUACAACAAUCAAACUCAGGUCGAGCAGUGUUGGCUAGGAGACACAACCGUUGCCUUGGUUGACAUCAACACGGAAUCUCAAAACGUUGUCAACACCUAUAACUCUUGGAUCAAGAAUUUGACAUCUUUCUACAACAUCGACGGUAUCCGAAUCGAUACAGUUAAACACGUUCGCAAGGAUUUCUGGCCAGAGUUUGUCAAGAGCAGCGGUGUCUUUGCUAUUGGCGAGGUCCUGAGCAACGAGACUGACUAUACCGGUGAUUACACAAAUUACAUGGAUGCAGUUCUCGAUUAUCCCUCUUGGUUUGCCGUUACUCAGGCAUUCGCGUCCACAACCGGCAAUAUCGCACUUAUUGCUCAAAACAUCCCAGAAACACAAAAAUACUUCAAGAACGGUGGAAUUUCGACCGGGGCUUUCCUUGAGAAUCACGACCAGCCACGCUUCCAGAGCUGGACUACCGACCUUUCUCUUGUCAAGAAUGCGAUGGCUUAUACUUUUGUCACCGACGGUAUCCCCAUCUUGUACUAUGGUCAGGAGCAAGGUUAUACCGGAGGCCUCGAACCUGCAAGCCGCGAAGCGCUUUGGUUCACUUCUUACCAGACUCAGAACAAACCUCUUGUUGACCAUGUUGUUAAGCUCAAUGCUGCGCGCAAAGCUUCCAUUGCGGGAGACUCCAAGUUCCUAUCAACUCAGAUGAAGGUUGUUGCCAACAAUACUCACAACAUCGCUGUUCAAAAAGGCAAGCUGUUGACCGCAUUGACCAAUGUUGGGUCUCAAGGUGCAGCUGAGAAGUUUGAACUCACCGGUACUGGUUAUUCUGCAAAUGAGCAACUCGUAGAUGUACUCAGCUGCACUAACAUCACUGCGGAUGCUAGUGGUAACGUUAAUAUUGCAUUCACCGGAGGUAACCCUCAGGUCAUCAUCCCCGUCUCGCAGCUGAGUGGUUCUGGUCUUUGUGGGAGCGCCAAGUCUACCACCACCACCACUUCGUCCGGAAGUAACAACGGAGCCACAGCACUCGGCCUAUCUGCCUUGCUUGCUACCUUUUUCGGCAUUAUUGGAAUGUUACCUCUCCUGUUCUAA